CGAAUUCUUGCUCCACCAUAAGGUGGGACGUCAAAGGGCAAAAUCGGAAAUGAGUCUAUUAUAAAUUGUACUCCUCUCUUCUUCGUCUUCUUCCUCCUUCGCUCCUUGAUACUUCCUUCUCCUUUUUCCAAGAGAUCAAUUCCUUCACCGCUAAUCUUCGGAGAGAGAGAGAGAGAGAUUCAAAAACAAUGGUGAAGAUCUGUUGUAUUGGAGCUGGAUACGUAGGCGGUCCAACAAUGGCAGUGAUCGCACUCAAAUGUCCACACAUUGAAGUAGCAGUGGUUGACAUCUCUGUUCCACGUAUCAACGCGUGGAACAGUGACCAGCUUCCAAUCUACGAGCCAGGACUUGAAGACAUCGUGAAGCAAUGCAGAGGCAAGAACCUCUUCUUCAGCACCGACGUUGAGAAACACGUGAGGGAAGCUGACAUCGUCUUUGUCUCUGUCAACACCCCCACCAAGACGACUGGUCUUGGAGCUGGAAAGGCCGCGGAUCUCACUUACUGGGAGAGUGCUGCUCGCAUGAUCGCUGAUGUGUCCGCCUCUGAUAAGAUCGUCGUUGAGAAAUCCACUGUGCCCGUGAAAACAGCUGAAGCCAUCGAGAAGAUUCUGAUGCAUAACAGUAAAGGGAUCAAGUUCCAGAUUCUUUCCAACCCGGAGUUUCUUGCGGAAGGCACUGCAAUCGCUGAUCUUUUCAACCCUGACCGUGUUCUCAUCGGGGGACGAGAGACUCCUGAAGGUUUCAAAGCUGUUCAGACGCUUAAGGAAGUGUAUGCCAACUGGGUUCCUGAAGGCCAGAUCAUCACAACCAAUCUCUGGUCCGCCGAGCUCUCCAAGCUAGCCGCAAAUGCUUUCUUGGCUCAGAGGAUUUCUUCUGUCAAUGCCAUGUCCGCUCUGUGUGAAUCCACCGGUGCUGAUGUCACUCAAGUGGCUUACGCCGUUGGUACUGAUUCAAGAAUCGGUCCCAAGUUCUUGAACGCUAGUGUCGGAUUCGGGGGUUCUUGUUUCCAGAAGGACAUUUUGAACCUUGUCUACAUCUGUCAGUGCAAUGGUCUUCCGGAAGUGGCGGAGUACUGGAAACAAGUGAUCAAGAUCAACGAUUACCAGAAGAACCGGUUUGUGAACAGAAUCGUGUCUUCCAUGUUCAACACCGUCUCCAACAAGAAGGUUGCCAUCCUCGGUUUCGCGUUCAAGAAAGACACCGGCGACACGAGGGAAACACCAGCCAUUGAUGUCUGCAAAGGUUUGUUAGGAGACAAGGCGCAGAUCAGCAUCUAUGAUCCUCAAGUCACUGAAGAGCAGAUUCAGAGAGACCUUGCGAUGAAAAAGUUCGACUGGGACCAUCCGCUUCACUUGCAGCCAAUGAGCCCGACCACUGUGAAACAAGUGAGUGUGAAAUGGGAUGCGUAUGAAGCUACAAAAGACGCACACGCGGUCUGCGUUCUGACCGAGUGGGAUGAGUUCAAGUCGUUGGACUACCAGAAGAUCUUUGACAAUAUGCAGAAACCAGCUUUUAUCUUCGACGGGAGAAACGUUUUGAAUGUGGACAAGUUGAGAGAGAUUGGUUUCAUCGUUUACUCCAUUGGUAAGCCACUUGAUGCAUGGCUUAAGGACAUGCCUGCUUUCGUCUGAACGAAAACAAGGUAAUAAUAAUGAUAAUCUGGCUCAUUCUUUUUCUUUCUACCUUUGAUUGUUUCUGUUUUUGCGUUUUUGCUUCAUAUAAUUUCCACCUUUGUUUGUUUGUUUUCUUAUAUAAGCUCUCGUAAUUUUGUGUUUCAAAUUUUGUUGAACAGACGAUACUUUGUAUUCGAUAAAUUUGCAUCAUUUUUCGUUGUUUCCUUAGAAAAGCAAUAAUGUUUAGUUUUUAA